AUGCCUGCCGAGUUUCUCACUAGCAACCCCCCCCCGCUCUGGAUCACUCUCUACCACAUCGUCACCCGCCUCCCUGACUCUCUGUGCGCAGUCAGGGACCACUUCCUCUCUCGCUCCCCCACUGAGCUCACUGUUGCCCUCCUCGAGAAGGAACUGCUUGCAGCUGAGGCGAGCAUCGUCGCUGUAGGCACCUCUCGUGGCGACCCCCGCACCCCGUUCUUUGAGGGGUGUUCCCCUUCCCCCCUCCUCCCCUCUGUCGCCUCUGCUGCUGCUGUCGACCUUCUUGGUGCUGAGAAGGUCGGGACCGCGUCUGCUUCGAGCGGGCGCCGCAGGAACAAGGGGGGCAGGGGUGGGGGUGGUGGCGGAGGAGGUGGGGGUGGAGGCGGUGGGAGUGGAGGCGCGGCUGGGGAGACUGGUGGCGGCAGUGGGGGAGGAGACAGCAGCGGCGGGAGUGGUGGUGGAGGCGGCAGCGGAGGCGGAGGUGGUCGUGGCGGCGGCAGGGGUGGAGGUGGCCGGGGCGGCGGCAGUUGGGGUGGUGGUCGUGGAGGCACUGGCGGAGGGCAGAGUCAGCAGCCCGCCCCAACACUUCAGGCCGCCCGUGAGUGGUAUGCGCAGCGUAGCGUUACCUGCACGUACGUCAUUCGCACAGGUGACCGCAGCGGCCAGCAGUGUGGGAGGCCGCACCCCACGCAGCGCUGUUUCGCGCGCCUUAACGACGCGUGGCGCACUCAGUUUCCUGCUGCCACUGAGCUGCCGCGCUGGGCUGAUCUGGAAAAGAGGGGUGUUGAUAUUUGGGCUUUAGACUUUGAUGCUAUUCUCACUGCCAUGUAUGCGAUGUCUAUUAGUGGAGAGGGUGCUCAGUACUUGCGUGUUCCGCCCGACCCGGGCAUUCAGGCCAGUCUGGCUGCCGCUCUAGGUGCUAGUGCGUCUGCUCCCACAGGUCCUGGUGAGGCCGCUGCCCUAGGUGCUCGUGCGUCCGUGCCCCCUGGUACUGAGUCGACUGCAGCACUGCACACCUUCACACUGGACUCAGGUGCUUCUCGCUCCUUCUUUCGUGACCGCACUGUCCUUGAGCCACUCGCUCGGCCAGUUGCUGUCUCCCUUGCUGACCCCUCUGGGGGUCCGGUCAUUGCGACCUCCUCCACUGUCCUUCCUUGUCCGGCGGUCCCGUCCGGCACGCUGUCAGGUCUCUACCUCCCCUCGUUCUCUACGAACCUGGUGGCAGGUAGUGCGCUCCAGGACGGAGGUGUUCACCAGUUCACCCCUGCCUACGAGCGCGUGACACACUGCACGUGUGCUCGGACGGGUCGCCACCUGGCUACCUUCACUCGGGAGCCGGGGUCGGACCUUUACACACUGACCACUGAGUCCCCUCAGGUAGCUGCGUCUGCGUCUGCGUCUGCAUCAGGUCAGCUGUCCGCCCCCUGCUCGUGUCGCUCUCUGACGCAUGAGACUGUCCUUUGGCACCACCGCCUUGGCCACCCGUCUGUGCAGCGCCUUCGGGCCAUGCACAAGCGGGACCUUGUUGCUGGUCUUCCCAGGGUGCUCCCUCCCCUUCCCGACUCGCCUGCUCCUCCCUGUAUUCCCUGUGUCGAGGGACGGCAGCGCGCCGCUCCUCACUCCUCCUCCUUUCCCCCGACGACUGCUCCCUUGCAGACGCUCCACAUGGACGUGUGGGGCCCAGCCCGCGUCCGUGGUCAGGGUCAGGAGAGGUACUUCCUGAUUGUUGUUGACGACUUCUCGCGCUACACCACGGUCUUCCCCUUGCGCGCCAAGGGUGACGUCCCUGAUGUCUUGAUCCCUUGGAUCCGCAGAUCUCGUCUCCAGCUCCGUGAGCGUUUCCGCUCCGACUUCCCUGUCCUGCGUCUGCACUCUGACAGAGGUGGGGAGUUCUCCUCUGGCCUAUUGGAGGCCUUCUGUCAGCAGGAGGGCAUUGAGCAGUCGUACACGCUUCCGGACUCUCCACAGCAGAAUGGGGUUGCUGAGCGCCGCAUUGGUCUGGUCAUGGAGGUCGCUCGUACCUCCUUGAGCCAUGCGGCUGCCCCCCAUUUUCUGUGGCCGUUUGCAGUCCGAUACGCUGCGCAUCAGCUCAACCUCUGGCCCCGUGUCUCCUUGCCCGAGACUUCUCCGACACUGCGUUGGACGGGAGAGGCUGGCGAUGCGUCGCGUUUUCGGGUCUGGGGAUCCCGAGCUUUUGUCCGCGACACGUCCGCGGACAAGCUCUCCCGUCGCGCUGUCCCCUGCGUCUUCCUUGGCUUUGUCCCGGACGCCCCUGGUGCUGAGGUACCAGACCCCCUCCCCCCUCAGGGUGCCGCUCCCUCAGGUGUGUCCCAGGUAGACCCGGGUGAGCCUGUCGAGGUAGCUGUUGACUCUCGUCCUGCUCGGGGUGCUGAGCCUGGGGGUGCUGCGUCUGGGGGUGCUGAGCCUGGGGGUGCUGCGUCUGGGGGUGCUGCGUCUGGGGGUGCUGAGUCUGGGGGUGCGGAGCCUGGGGGUGCUGAGCCAGGAGGUGCGGAGCCUGGAGGUGCGGAGCCUGGAGGUGCUGAGCCUGGGGGUGCUGGGUCUGGGGGUGCUGCGUCUGGGGGUGCUGAGCCUGAGCGUGCUACACCUGGAGGAGCCCUCUCCUCCCAGCAGCUGCAGGAGAGGUACCUCGAGUACUGCCGCCUCCGGAGAGGUGCUGCUGGAGCUCGUCCCGGUACUUCCCCUCCUACCCAGGAGCUCCCCCCCAUUCAGCAGAUCCGCGAGUGGUACACACGGCGCUGCAGUCUUCGGAGUGGUGCUCCUGGUGCUGCGGACCCUGGGGGUGGCGCUGCUGCUGGUGCUGAGGACCCGGACGUUGGAGCUGCUGCUGGUGCUGCGGACCCGCCUGGUGGAGCUGCUGCUGGUACUGAGGACUCGGACGUUGGAGCUGCUGCUGGAGCUGAGGACCCGGGCGGUGGCGCUGCUGCUGGUACUGAGGACUCGGACGGUGGAGCUGCUGCUGGACCUGAGGACCCGAGCGGUGGCGCUGCUGCUACUGCUGAGGACCCGGGCGUUGGAGCUACUACUGGUGCUGAGGACCCGGCCGGUGGAGCUGCUGCUGGUGCUGUGGACCCGGCCGCUGGAGUCUCCUCUGCUUCUGGAGACGCUGCGCGGCCGCGACCGUACUUCGUACCGCUCCUUCAGCAGGUUCUUGGGCAGGCUCCUCCUCCUUGUCCUCCUCCCUCCGUAGAGUGUCCUCUGCCUGUCCAGUCGCAGUCACAGUUACCGCCUACCUCGCCUCUCCCUGCUCCCUCUCCUUACACUGGUCCCACAGGAGGUCUUACAGAGCGUCGUGAGCCUGAGUCUCGUCCUGCGUCGCCUGUUCGUCCUGCUCGCACUGGUAGUCGUGUCCGUCGUGAGCGUCCUCCUCCUGUCCCAGGCACUCACUACAUGACUCUGCGUCCCUCUACUGCUCCUCAGCGUGUCCCUCUACCGUCUCCUCCCGCGUCUUCUUUGCCUCACGUUCCGGACCCUGAGUCUGACCGGUACCGUGCUGAGCACCCUACUGUCACGCGUCUCCUCGCUACUGUUGUCACUGACCCUACCUUUGAGUCCUCGACUGCGUCUGCUCUGGUCGCUGAGUUGGUUGACUUUGCUGCUGCCUGUCGUCUAGACUACGCUGCUAGCCUUGUUGCUGAGUCUGAGUCUGAGUCUGUCUGUCCUCCGUCCGUCGGGGGUGAGUGUGCUCUUGGCACGGACGUCCUUGAGGACAGACAGGAGGAGUUCCAGUGUCUUGCUGCUGCUUUGCUCCGUCUCGUGUCCUUGCUAGUUGCCCCUGAGGGAGACCCGGAUGCACCAGACAUCCCGACCCCACGCACUUACGCUGAGGCGAUGGCGGGUCCCUACUCCUCUCAGUGGCAGACGGCCAUGGACGCCGAGAUGGCUUCCUGGAAGUCCACACGCACCUACGUCGACGAGGUUCCCCCUCCUGGGGCGAACAUCGUCAGUGGCAUGUGGAUUUUCAGGGUGAAGCGGCCGCCGGGUUCUCCGCCUGUCUUCAAGGCGCGUUACGUGGCUCGAGGCUUCAGUCAGCGAGAGGGAGUUGACUUCUUCCAGACCUUCUCCCCCACCCCGAAGAUGACCACUCUUCGGGUGCUGCUGCACAUAGCCGCUCACCGCGACUACGAGCUUCACUCACUUGACUUCAGCACUGCUUUCUUGCAGGGCAGCCUGCACGAGGAGAUCUGGCUGCGCCGCCCACCUGGCUUCACUGGGUCGUUUCCUCCUGGUACCCAGUGGAGGCUUCAGCGGCCGGUCUACGGUCUCCGCCAGGCUCCACGUGAGUGGCACGACACACUGAGGACUACACUUGCGGCUCUUGGGUUCGCGCCUUCUACAGCUGACCCGUCGCUGUUCCUGCGCACCGACACUUCGCUGCCGCCGUUCUACAUCCUCGUGUACGUCGACGACUUGGUCUUUGCCACUGCUGACACUGCAGGACUCGCCUACGUGAAGUCGGAGCUGCAGAGGAGACACACGUGCACAGACCUGGGUGAGCUGACAAGCUAUCUUGGCUUGCGGAUCACCCGGGACAGAGCACGGCGCACCAUCACCUUGACUCAGUCACACAUGGUGCAGCAGGUUCUCCAGCGCUUUGGCUUCACGUACUCCUCGCCUCAGUUCACUCCUCUGCCUACCGGUCACUCGCUCUCAGCUCUGCCUUCGGAUGAGUCCGUAGAGCCGAGUGGCCCGUAUCCAGAGCUUGUGGGCUGCCUCAUGUACCUGAUGACCUGCACUCGACCUGACCUUGCAUACCCUCUUAGCAUCCUUGCACGCUAUGUCGCUCCUGGCCGUCACAGGAAGGAGCACAUGGAUGCCGCUAAGAGGGUGUUGCGCUACUUGUGCAGUACGUCGGGCAUGGGGCUUGUGCUUGGAGAGCGAGACCGAGUUGUUCUCACAGGGCACUCAGACGCUUCUUGGGCAGACGACCAGGCCACUCAGCGGUAUCGGCCGAAAUCGUAG